AUACGAAAUCAGCCUGGAGGUGAGAUUAAUUCUGAGCUUUCGCGUGCUGCCUGAGGCACAGUAAAUCAAGACGUCAGACGGUUUUAGCCUACAAGACAGCAAAACUCAAUUUAAUUGCUCAGACAACAAAAUGCCUAUUAUUUAAGUCGGUUUAACACCCGACUCUCACGCGCGUUUCUUUUGCGACGAGAAGGGAGAAUACUUUUAGAAACCUGUAGGAUAUUUUCUUUUUUUCUUCUCGCGCGCGCCCUGUGACCUAUCGGUUGGAUAUGUCUCGUUCACUGUCAAUAUUGCUGGUGGGAGAAGGGAACUUUUCGUUUUCCGCUGGUUUGUGCCGCUUACCAUCGGAGGUGAGCGUCACGGCCACUUGUAUGCAGCCUCAGGAGGAGGCACUGCGCCAGGAAGGCGCAUUCAAUAACAUGCAGAGCAUCAAGGACUCCGGUGGAAGUGUGCUUUUCGAGAUAGACAGCACAAAGCUUGGGGAAUACGCAUCCCUGCAAGGGCAUUUGUUUGACCGUGUGGUAUUUAACUUCCCACACUGCGGGAGAAAGAGUGGCGUUAAAAAGAACAGGCAACUUCUCAAAGACUUCUUUCUCAGUUGCAUUCAGGUGUUAGCUGAACACGGAGAGGUUCACGUUUCCCUGUGCAACGGACAGGGCGGGACGCCGGCCGACCAGCCGAGGCGAGAGCGACACAACAGCUGGCAGGUGGUUGCCAUGGCGGCAGAGGGACACCUCAUCCUCAAUGAUGUCCGCCCUUUCGAGAGUGACAAAUACCAGAGCUACAAGUGCACAGGAUACAGGAGUCAAGAUAAAGGCUUCCAUUUGGAGAAUGCUUUGCUCCAUGUGUUUACUCGCAGCGCCCCCUUCAGUUGCCCUCAAGUAUUUAAAGUCGAAGAAACUGUGGAAGGAGAGAAAGUCCAGUACAACAUACCAGCAGAACUCAGUGAUUACACGUCUCGGGGCUUUCUCGCUUCAGAUUCUGUCCAUCCUGUCAAAUUGGUGCAAGAUUUUCUUCUCGAGAGGCUACAGGAAAAGUGGGCGGUCUCCAUGGCGACAGAGACCCUUCCUGUCCUCCUCAGAGCCAAACAGUUGAAUUUGUGCUACCCUGACAUAGACCGCACACUGUUCUACUGGAUUCACGGGUGUCAGAAAGAGCUGAACUGCGAGGCUUGUACCUCCACAGAGGAAUUGGCGAGUCAGGUUCGAGGGUCGUGCGUUGUCUCAAAGCCAAUGGACAAGGUGUUGAAUAGUAAGGGAGUGGAGGGGAUAAGGUCAUUAUGCUCUCCUGAUGUUGACCUUGAGGGGGAAACUGCUCUUUAUAUAUUGCGUCCCUCACUGCGCCCCCAGAUGGAAACACUUGUCGCGAAAAAAGAAGAGUUGACCACUGGAGAGACAGAAAUGGAAAAAAAACAAGAUAAGGGAAUUAAUCUGGAGCAUAGUGGGAAAUGGAAUGGUGUGGCAAGCAAACUUUUUGGAAUCAGUGGUCUGGUGUUCAGAAAUGUUCCGGUCCAGCACUGGGCUCUGCCUGUCUUCCACGAGCUCCUCUUCACUGGUGUUCUCCCUAAAAUGUACGAGCCAGUCAAAGUUCUUGAGCAAACUUUGGGAAUGCUGCUAGCUCCCUACGGCGUCUCCAUGGUUACCAAGCAGGAAGGUCUGCAUCUGAUGGCACAACCGAAGGGGUUAAUCGGUAAAGUGCUCACAAGUAGUACAAGUGAUGUCAGCCUCCUCAGCGUGACAGUGUCUUUAAAUCUGGACCUCCUCGCUGUGCUCAUGUUCUCACUUCCAGACUGGCGUCUGUUGUGGUCACAUGACCCACGCUUCUUGCAGCAGUUUGUCCUCCGGCCAAUGCCUGGGACACCUUUCACCGCGUACUCUCUGUUCCCUGAGCUCUUUAGCUUCGACAUUAGCUUCUGGACGGGGACGGCGUGGGAGGAAAAGAAGUUCCAUGCGCUGGUCCGAGAGGCCUCCUGCGGGAAUGUGGAGCAUGUUAAACUCAUUGAUAAAUUUUCACAUCCGGACCUGAGCCAGACCAGCUACUGCUACAGGCUCAUUUACCACUCCCACACACAUGCACUGUCACACACACAAGCCCUCCAGUUCCACAAACGCUUGGAGUCAUUACUGUCCUCAUGCUUGGAAGUGACAAUCAGGUAGCAGCUAAUAUUCCUCAGUUUGUCUGCAAACUAUAAUUUUUUUAAGACUUUUUCAUUAAAUGUAAAUGAGAACCUUGAAAUGAGUCAAAUGUUGUGAAACAGUGUUUCACAUGAAGUUUAAUUUAGGCUACGCCUUUGAAAAAGCACUUCUGUGUGCUCAAACAUGUGAUCAAACUCUGUCUGGAUACAUUACCAGAGUGCUCUCGAGGGCUUCCCAACCUUUAUUGAUUCAAGGCCAAUACUUUUAAUUAUUUCAUGGAAGACCAUCAAACAAAGUACUGUAUACUGAAAUAAUGAUGCUGUGGUUGAAGUGGUGGUAGUGGAAGAGCAUUUCAUGCUUUUGUCUUUGGUGCAGUCAUUGGUAAUCACUGCUCUAGAGUAAUUCGGUACAAUCUAUAGAAGGAAUGGAAAUAAGACAAUAUGCCAGUGUUUUAGUCAUAUACAUUGUUAUUAAUCAGUGUUAUUUAAUAGUUGAGUUGUAUGUGCAGAAAGAGCCUUGGAGCUUGGUAUUGUGCAAUAUAUGCAAAAAAAAAUAAAAGAAUAAGGGACUCAUCUAAACAAUAAGUUGUUGUUUAGAUAAGGGACUCAAUACUAAACAAUAAGGGACUCAAUACUAAACAAUAAGUUGGUGAAUAAAUGUGCACAUUGCAGUGCAUUAUGUAAACUGGAGUACUGUAAACAGUCAUUUGUUUACAAUAAAUGAAGUACUUUAAAUGA